GAUGUCCAGUCUCCCCCAGCUUGCCAAGUGCAGACUGGGGCUCACACCGUUUAGCAGACCUGGCCCUGAUCCCUGCAGGGGGAAUGCUGUGAGACCAUGAGGAGCAGACAGGGCCCCAGUGCUGCCGGAGAUCCGCGGAGAGGAGCAACAUGACGCCAAUUCUGCGACUUCUCUUGCUCAGUUCUCUGCUGUCGUGUUGGAAACAGUCUGUAGUUGGGGCAAACUCCUGGUGGUCGAUGGCGCUGAACCCAGUGCAGAGACCAGAGAUGUUUAUCAUCGGAGCUCAGCCUCUGUGCAGCCAACUGACUGGGCUCUCUCCUGGGCAAAGGAAGCUGUGCCAACUCUACCAGGAUCACAUGGUGCACAUUGGAGAAGGAGCUAAGACUGGCAUCAAGGAGUGCCAGCAUCAGUUCAAACACAGGAGGUGGAACUGCAGUACUGUGGACAAUAACUCAGUGUUUGGCAGGGUCAUGCAGAUAGGAAGCAGAGAGGCGUCAUUUACAUACGCUAUCAGUUCCGCCGGGGUGGUUAACGCCAUCAGCCGUGCCUGCCGGGAAGGGGAGCUGUCCACUUGCGGCUGCAGCCGGACUCCUCGGCCCAAGGAUCUGCCUCGGGAUUGGCUUUGGGGGGGCUGCGGGGACAAUGUAGAGUACGGUUACCGUUUCGCUAAGGAGUUUGUGGACGCACGGGAAAGGGAAAAGAACUUCCCUAAAGGGUCAGAAGAACAGGCUCGCUCUUUAAUGAACCUCCAGAACAACGAGGCUGGGCGCAGGGCUGUCUAUAAGCUGGCUGAUGUGGCUUGCAAGUGCCAUGGUGUCUCAGGGUCCUGUAGCCUGAAGACUUGCUGGUUACAGCUCGCUGACUUCCGGAAAGUGGGCGAGUACAUAAAGGAAAAGUACGACAGUGCCGCAUCCAUGCGCUUGAAUAAGCGGAACAAACUGGAGCAGGUGAACCAACGUUUCAACCCACCGACGGGCGAGGAUUUGGUAUAUCUGGAUCCCAGCCCGGACUACUGUUUGUACAAUGAAACCACGGGCUCUCUGGGCACCCAUGGGAGACAAUGCAACAAGACGUCGGAGGGCAUGGACGGCUGCGAACUGAUGUGCUGUGGGAGGGGCUACGACCAGUUCAAGACGGUGCAAGUGGAGCGGUGCCACUGUAAAUUCCAGUGGUGCUGUUUUGUCAAGUGCAAAAAGUGCACUGAAAUUGUGGACCAAUUUGUGUGCAAAUAACUGGGCACAUGGCGACUACUGCCUCACAUCGACUGUUGCCUACCUGUCCCCAAUGAUUCCCUCCUUGCACCCUGCACCCUAUUCUUUCCCCCAGCACGGAGAGUGAUGGAGGCAGAAAUAGAUAUGUAUAGGGCAUAAAAUUAUAUAUAUGUAGAUAUAUAUAUUUUUAUAUGUGUAUAAAGGAAGAUGAACUCCAGGAACACCCCAAUUAAUAGGGAAUGAGGGGAUUAAGGAAUAAUGGCAGUUCAAGGACGACACGCUGCUGUUGUAUGACUGAACUGUGGGUUCACCCUGUUACCAAAGACAAUGCUCGGCUACUGAGAACUCACAUGUUCCUAGAGAGAGCGGGCUGGCGAUGGGAGAUUUCGGGAUGCCCCCCGCCCAGCACUUGCUCUGCUGUGUGAUGCAUCGUGUUCCCAGAGUGCAAAGCUGUCCUGCUAUCUGCAGACUUUACAGACGGACUUGGCCUGGCAAACGAAUAAGCUACAGCAAGCUGGAACAUUUCUGGCCACUUGGCUACUGCUUGCAUCUGGACUGAUGGCCACAAUCACAAUUGGGAACUAAGCAAGAAAAAAAAA